GCGGCUGUUUAAUUUGAACUUAGGAUCGGCAGUCGCGCGGUUUAGUUUGCCUUGCCGGCUGCUAGCGGAACUAUUUAGCUGAAAGUGGUGAUAAAUUCUGAAGCAACAAGAAAACAAUUAUAGACGUGUAAAUCUUCUUACUAUACUAUACUUGGCAAUUGGGAAUUAUAGAAAGCGCGUGGUCUGACACAUUCAUUUGAUCAAAGAAACGGCAAGCUUGACUGAAAAUGAGUAACGUGAGAUAGCAGCAACAUAUUGCAUGCAACACAAAUUCCUCCAGCAGCAUGCCAAUAUAAAAGCCGAGAAUUACACACCCACAAAAACGAAAACAUCUACAUACAUACACACAUCUAAAUAGAAUCAUCAAAAAAAAUAUUUCGUUUUGACAACGGGCCUAAAUUGAAAGUGUGACUUCCUCACAUUUUGGACACAAGAUGGCACAUUUUAGUGGACAUCAGCCGCCCACAGAGGUACCCGCCCAUUUUAAGAGUCUGUUUACGAAUGGUAAACUGGGCGACGACGAUGACAAUAACAACAACGGAAACCGCAACAACAAUAACAACAACGAUGACAACAAUAAUCAGGAGAAUCGGCCAGAUAAUAACAAUGACGAUAUAGCCUCAUGCUGGGUUUUUGGAUAUGGUUCUCUUUGCUGGAUUCCGGGUUUUAGCUACAACAAGUGUAUUACUGGCUAUAUUCGAGGCUACGUCCGACGCUUUUGGCAGGGCAACGUAACACAUCGGGGCACAGAAAACGAGCCUGGACGUGUCGCAACACUUGUGGAAGACAAAGAGGGCAUCACAUGGGGCUGUGCGUACAGAAUAACGGGCUCAACGGCUCUAGAGUAUCUUAAGCAACGCGAGUGCACACUUGGUGGCUAUGCGACACUCGAAACAAAAUUCUUUCCCCGCGUCGCUUCGCAUGACACACCCUUUGGUGGAGAGGCCGUCGAGGUGUUGGUCUAUGUGGCAACGCCGGAGAAUCGACAUUGGCUUGGUGAUGCACCAUUGGAAGUGAUAGCACAACAAAUCGCUAAUUGUCGCGGUCCUAGUGGCCAUAAUGCGGAAUAUCUGCUGCGCUUGGCACUUUUCAUGCACGAGGAGAUUCCGGGAGUGCGGGAUGAACAUUUAUUCGAGCUGGAGCGAUUAGUGCUGGAGGAGAUUUAUCGCAAAGAUAUCCCACUGUCGUCUGUAAUGGGUCGCAAUCCUGACCGCAUACGACGCGACUCACACGAGGAUGUUCGCCGCCCGCCAUCUUUCGAGUUCACAUCCCGAAUACCGGACACCAAGCUUCGUUGUCUGAAUAUUUGAUUGUGGCUUUGGUCUCGGCCACAAGGGAUGUACGAGUACUACAUGUGGAAUAUACCAAAAUCAUUAUCGAUAUUUCAUAGCACUGGAUGCGAUGCUAGAGGAAGAGGAGGAGAAUUUAUGACUAACAUCGAAGUGUAUUCUUUAAAUUGUAAAUAUUAGCCUUAACAAUAUGCACAAACUACACGAUAACUGAUCUGAUAUAA